UGUCCCUUAACAGAUGACGAAGUGGGCAGGGCAUGUGAAUUUGCAGUUAGAAUUGUUUACACGUCGGUCAUCGGCCUGGACUAGCCCUUGGUGGACGUAGCAGGGCCCCUGAGGCCGCCAUGUACUACCCCGUGGGCUGGCCGCGGGUGCUCAAACUGCCCCGGCGGCUGCUUUCGAUCCGGCAAGUGGUCAACAACCGGGACAAGCUGCUCUACGCCGUCCUGUCAGACGACAGCCUCUCCAUUUGGUUUUGCACGCCCUGCCUGCCCAUCGUGACACACCGACGCGAUGCCCACAAUGUGGAGCAAGUGGGCUCGAACCUGCUGGUGCAGUGGAGGCCCGACUCGAGUAUGCUGGUUGUCGCUACGUCCAAGGGCCACCUUUUGUUCUAUGGGUUGUCCGUGUCGUCCGAUUUCAAGGGUUUGUACGAGCAGCAGGACUCGCCGAGUCCCAACCUGCGCAGGGAGAGUGCCGAGCUUUAUGUCAAAGAGGUUAUACCCGCCCUUAUGCUUACGCCUGACUUCGCAGUGGAUGUGAGCGCUGGUAUCGCCAGCAUCGUUUGCAUUCGUGACGAGCUGAUGGUGUCGACGACUAAGGGCCACGUCCUCAGGUACAGGUGGGACGGUUCCAUGAACAGGGACUAUUGCCUUGACCUGCGUAGAGUGCCCUUCUGCAUUGACCAACAGGUUUCAAAGGCUGAGCCGAUCACUGACGAUAUUACCUUUAUUUCCGAAAUCGAAUACUCGCCACUGGUUGGUGGGUUCGCUGCCGUCCUGAAUGAUGGUAGGGCGGCUUUCUUGACCGCUUACUCCUUGCAGUUUGAUCCAAACCAAGUACAAGGAAUUUGGGCACAGGGUCUUGAAGAUGCAACUUGUGCCGCUCUCAACCACAAGCACAGACUGAUCGCGUUUGGCCGUAAAAAUUCGCAGUGCAUUGUGUACUGCGUGGACGAGGUGACUGGUGGGCUAGAGGUGAGCCACCAGGUGGUGCUUUCGAGCAAAGACUUCCCCGGGGCGCCGGGCGCAGUAACAUGCAUGCGAUGGACUCCAGAUGGCUGCGCGCUGGCUGUUGCCUGGCAGGGUGGCGGCAUCUCACUGUGGAGCACGUUCGGCUCGCUGCUCAUGUGUUCCCUGGCGUGGGACCACGGCCUCAAUGCGCCCAUGUCCAGGAUGCGCGUCUCCUCAAUGGACUGGGCCUCCGAGGGCUAUCAGUUGUGGAUGGUCGAGAAAGCCGAGCCGCAAAACCGUCUCCUCCAGAUGGACAUGGUCAAGAGCCCGCAGACCGUCAACCCUUGCAUGAGUCAGCACGGGCAAGUGCAUUUGCAAGGCGACGAUCGGCUGCUAGUGCACCUGGGUGACUCGCGGGCCAAGGCGUAUAAGCCAAGUGUCUCACCUGUGUCCGUCGACGCGUCGCCGCAGUCGGCGCCUGACUCAGCUGCCUUCACGGCUAGCAAGCAGUGGGUCGUGGUCACCAUUCCACACACAUAUUCGUCCACUAACUGGCCGAUCAGAUAUUCUGCCGUCGACGCUGAGGGUCAAAACGUGGCAAUCGCCGGUAGAACAGGGUUUGCUCACUACUCGCUGUUGCACCGGAAGUGGAAGCUAUUUGGAAACGAGACGCAGGAGAAGGAUUUUGUCGUAACCGGAGGCAUCCUCUGGUGGCAUUCAUACAUUAUUUUAGGCUGCUACAACCUCGUCCAAAGCCGAGAUGAAAUCCGAAUUUACCCUAAAGAGACUCGGCUGGCAGACAACUUUGCCAAGAUUGAAAAGGCCGAUGCGCAAGUGCUGAUUUUGAAUUCGUUUCGAGACCGGCUCGUCACUUUCUGCUCUGACAGUUUGAUUACCAUCUACAGUCUAGUGAUGCAACAAGGUUCAAACAACGUCGACCUGGUCCACCUGCAGGCCAUCGACAUCAACGCUCUGUGUGUGCAUCCAGCCUGCGUUGUGUCCAUCACGUUGACGUGCCUGCGCACAGAGAGCUGCGUUGGCAACAAGCGGGAGCAGGCUGAGAGUUUGAUUGUCAAUGUCAGCGGCCGGCUGCUGCUCGUGCAGCAGGUCUGCGCCUCCCCUGAAGGAGAGAACAGCAGCACUACCCUGUGCACACCGACUGUAUUGGCGUCCUGCGUCGAAAGCGUGUGGAUGCCGAUGAAAAGCAAGCGUGACAAGCCCCACCUGACUGAGGCUCUGUGGCUUUAUUGCGGAGCUCACGGCAUGCGAGUGUGGCUGCCUCUUUUCCCCAGAGACGGUGACAAAGCCCACACUUUUAUGAACAAAAGGAUAAUGCUCCCGUUCCAACUUAGGAUAUAUCCUCUCGCCAUACUGUUUGAAGAUGCUAUAAUACUCGGUGCUGAAAAUGACACGGUGCUAUACAGCUCUGAUUCUUCGUCGUACUUUUCUCUUCCAUUCUGCCUGAUUCAAAGAACGAGUCAAGUCUAUCUGCACCAAAUCUUGCGGCAGCUGAUUCGAAGGAACCUUGGCUCCCACGCUUGGGAAAUCGCUAGAUCGUGCACAAACCUGCCCUAUUUUCCACACGCACUGGAGCUUUUGCUGCACGAGGUGCUGGAGGAGGAGGCGACCAGCAAGGGACCCAUUCCAGACGCGCUGUUGCCCAGUGUAGUCGCGUUCAUCCGGGAGUUCCCGGUCUACCUGCAGACGGUUGUGCAGUGUGCGCGCAAGACUGAGGUCGCCCUCUGGCCCUACCUAUUCUCAGCGGCUGGUAAGCCGAAGGAGCUGUUCCAGCACUGCCUGCAGAAGGAGCAACUAGAGACUGCUGCCUCCUACCUCUUAAUCCUGCAGAAUUUGGAGCCGAGUGUGGUCAGUCGGCAGUAUGCGACUCUUUUGCUGGACACUGCGCUGCAGCACAACAAGUGGGAGCUGGCCAAGGAUCUCGUUAGAUUCCUUCGUGCUAUCGAUCCCAACGACGUAGAGUUGCCUCGACAGCCGAUGCUGGCGGCAAGCAAGUACGGGAUGGCGCAGUCUCCGCCAGUGAGCCCUCACGAGGAGGACCUGUCGCUGGUGCUGGGUACGCUGCAAGUGGCGCGAAGCCGCACGUACAGCGCGACGGCGGCGGCGGUAAACACGGCCAAGGUGCCUGACGCAACGAGCAACUCGAAUCCUGGCACUGGCUCGCCGCACCCGAAGAAAACGGAGGUGCUGUUGCGCUCGAGCAGCAGUGUUGGCGAGGCCAGCAACCACAACACGGCCAGUGGCGUCGCCGGCAGCGGCGGCCCCGGGACGUCGCGCACGCGGAAGAAGUCGGCGCCGUCUGGCCGUCGUGACAGCACGUCGAGCAGCGCAGCUGCCGAAGAUUUCUUCAUUGACACCAUCCUGCAGCGGCACGCGUGCCGCCUGCUCACCGACAAACGGCUGCGCGAUCUCGGCCAGUUUGCCGCACACCUUGACUUCCAUCUCGUCACAUGGCUCUCGUCUGAGCGGCACCAGGCGGCUCGCGUCGAUGACUUUGUCGAGACGCUGCGACACCUGCACCAAGAUUUCAGCUGGCCCUACCCGGCCGGUGCUAUCAACUUCCAGACAAAAAAGCGACCAAUUGCAAGGAAAUUUUCUACGCAGGGGUACCCUCCGCUUCCGUCUCAAGCGACGACGAGGAAGACGUCCGGCUCAGGCUCGUCGGGUCGCUCGUUCCCCGCGUCGCCCAGCGUGGAGGAUCGACUGAAGCUGUUGACGCUCGACAUCCUCAAGGGCAAUCAUGGCCGCGUGCACGACUCUGGCUACAUCAGCAACACCAGCACCAACCCCAUUCCGCCGUCAUGGGGUCAGAACGUGUCCACCGACUCGAGCAUGCACACCGUCGAGGCGAGAUUGCAACCACACCGCGGACAGGGUGGCAGCUUUUUGAGUGAGGAGAGCUCGUCCUACAUGGGAGAGGAAAGAGACAACGUUGACGAACAAGUGCAAAGUCCUGGCUGGGCGACCACUCCAGAAGGGGAACACUUUGCUCAGGACCACUCAUCCGGCAGAGUCCCAGCAAGGGAGGAGGUGCAGUUGAGGUACCUGCUGCAGCUGUUCGUUGAAGCUGGCUGCCUUGAGUGGGCACUUGUGCUGUCGAUUCUGCUACGAGACGCCAUGGCCGUGCUGCGCACCAUCUUUGCGGCCCGGACCGCCGACCAGUCCAUCGAGGUCGUCAGACGUUUGAAAGAUGGACUUGAGGCUCUGAUGUCCUGGAGCAACACUCAGUGUUAUGGCUACCGGGGUUUCAUGAUGGCGAUCCAAAAUCAGAUCCAGGUGCUGAGCAAGAUCCUCAGCAGCGCACCAAGGGUGAGCGCCGAGAACGUCGCCACCCCGGCUAUCGUCGUCCCCACCGCAGGUACGAACCUUUUGAACAAAACUACGGUCGCGGCGCCAUCCGCGUCACCGCAUUCAGAGAGCCUGAUGGCCGCGCAGCCGGUCAAGCCGACACUGGGCAAGCUGAGGCUCGUGUCAGCGCCGUCCUCCUCCUCCGUGUCCCCGAACGGCUCCAGCCUUGACUCGCUGGAGGAGGAGACCGCGGAGGAGGCACUGCAGCACGCCGAGCACCCUGACUCGAACACCGGAGAGGUGGUCGAGGAGGGCGGGUGCGUCAUCUCGUAGACGCUGUGCUUUUAUUGAGGAUGUGUGCCGUGGGAAUUCAAUGCUGACCAUAGGAUUAUUCAGUGUAAAUAACAAAAUUUACUCGGACAAUGUCAAUUUUGAGCUCUCAAUAAUGUCAAUUGAUUCACAGAUCCAAAAGCUAGUGAAAUUUGACUUCUUUUACCUAUUUGGUCAAUUCCCUACCUGUUAAAUGAAUGGCAUGCAUCCUCUUUAAACCGUUUAUAGAACAGAUUUUAACGCAGCCUGAGUACAAAACAAAUCGGUUUCGCUGUGCCAAAAGUUGACUUGAUUUCUGCACUGUUGCAGGGAAACACAUUAUUUGUACGCUCUCUUAACUUAUUCCUGGUUGAUAUUGUUUUGCUUGGCGCUUUCUCAUCUCUCAAAUUUUCGAUUGAGCGUCUGACGUAGUUUUCAUUCAUUUAGUUCCUCGAAAAACAAUGUUAUGAUAAUUAUUACUGUUAGUCAAUAAAUCUAGGAUGGACAUGUUCAAAGAGUGAUUUAAAUUUUCAGAUGAGAGCAAUAUUCGCAAAUUCUUGGGUGUCUUGUCUUUGAGACGGUUUACCUUCUGAGUUUCCAGUAAGACAAUUUUUUAAUUAAUAUUCCUAUCAUUCUCAUUCGUCUCACUCAAAGCUUGCGUCUUUUCUCUGUCGCUCACAAUCAGUUUUGUGUUUUCUCUGUGUUCCACAUAUUGAUUGGAUAUCUCUUAUUAAAAUAGUAAUUUAUUUCCAGUGCAAUAUAUUAAAGACGGCCCACUUGAAUUUACGACGGUAACUAUUACACGAUAUUUAGAUUGUAAGUCAAUAUUUCGGUGAAGCAAGCAAGUGUACAAGUCAAUGGUAUUAUUAUUCCAGCUUGCCUCACCGCAUGUUGUUUGCUAUAAAAAUGUUGCUAACCUUCUAACCAGAUUUAAAUGUUCAUGUUGUUCAAGUUUUGUAAAAAAUGCUCACAAUUUCACUAAAUCCCGAUUUUCGAUGUGAAAACACGAUUUAUCCAUGCAAACUCAUUCAAUGGAAAAAUAAACCAUAUUUUUGCAUAGAAACCA